AUGCCUUCCCCUCGCUCUGCGGCCGCCACUGCUCCGAACGCCCCUCCCGGCUGGCGGCUCCUCUGCUUUAAGCGGCCGAGCAGCGCCCCGGAGCUGCCGCAGACACAGCGCCGCGCCCCGCCCCCGCCGCAGCGCCAGGUGACGGUGCCUCUGGUGCCUCUGGUGCCUCCGCCCGAUCCCGCUCUGCCCGGGCAGGAGCGCGGUCGCUUCCUCGGCUGGCGCGGCGGGAGGGAUGCGGGGGGGAAAAAACCGGCGGCGCCGCGCAGGCUCCGCCCGCUCCCGGCUGCGGCGGAGGGGGCGGCAGGAGCGCGUCCCCGGCCGGGCGGCGGCGGCUCCUCCCGCCCGCACUAUGGCGGCCCCGCCGCAUCCGCCCCGCGGCGGCGCUGGGAGGGGCGGGGGGGCCGCGCUGCGAUCCCGCCCGGCACGGCCCCGCCGGCCGCCGCCACCUCUCGCGAGAGGAGCGUUGGGGCGCUCGGAACCGCGCGGUGCUUCAUAGAGCCCGGACCCGUCGGGAGCCCCCGAGAGCCCUCAGGCACCCACCGGUCCCUCACACACCCCCGGAGCCUUCACACACAGCCCCGGACCUUCCAUACACACCCCAGAUCUCGUCACACACCCCCGGAGCCCUCACGCACCCUUGACCUCCCAUACACACCCCUAGAUCCCCUCAGACACCCCCGGAGCGUUCAUGCACCACGGACCUCUCAUACACGCCCCCAGAUCCUCUCAGUUCCCCUCACAGUCCCUCACACACACCACCAGACUCAUACGCACCCCCAGAUCUCUUCAGACACCCCCUGA